GACGAACUGACGGUUCGGUAGAGCACAUCGGUCAGCACAGGGGCGGCUCCUGCACAUUGAUCGUGUAGCUACAUCACAUGCCUGGCGAAGUCCGUCCGUGGCGGUGGCGAUUUGCUUGUUGUGUCCACUAGACUUGAGCCACGAUGAUCUUCUCCACCUAUUUCCGGCUAAACACCCGAGGUGUAAGCCGGCUGUUCUCGUCCAGUAUCGCCGGCAUUCCAUAUAAGCAGCUGACUGUGUCUGCACUUAAGGAAACCUUCGAUGGUGAGCGACGAGUUGCUCUUAGUCCCGCAGCUGUUAAAGUGCUUUGCAACAAAGGAUUCAAUGUGCAGAUAGAGAAAGGUGCAGGUGUUGGAGCGAAGUGGAGCGAUGAAGAAUACGCCAAAGAGGGAGCAAAACUCGUCACAAACGAGGAUGCUUAUAAAGCUGAUAUCUUGCUUAAGGUCCGGCCACCAUCACUUACAGAGGCCGCACUAUUGAAGGAUAACUCCACAUUGAUCUCGUUUCUGUAUCCCGCUACAAAUAAAGAGCUAGUAGAUAAGUUAGCAAAAAAGAAGCUGAACGCUAUUGCUAUGGAUUGUGUGCCCAGAAUUUCACGAGCACAGGUGUUCGAUGCGCUGUCGUCUAUGGCGAAUAUUGCUGGAUAUCGAGCUGUGAUCGAGGCUGCUCAUCAUUUUGGUCGAUUUUUCACAGGGCAAAUAACUGCAGCUGGAAAGGUUCCUCCAGCUAAAGUUCUGGUCAUAGGAGGUGGCGUUGCCGGUCUUAGUUCAAUCGGAACUGCCAAAAGCAUGGGUGCCAUUGUUCGUGGUUUUGACACCCGCUCGGCUGUCAAAGAACAAAUUCAGUCACUAGGAGGAGAGUUUCUUACAGUUUCGAUAAAGGAAGAAGGUGAAGGAACUGGCGGAUAUGCGAAAGAAAUGAGCAAAGAAUUCAUUGAUGCUGAGAUGGCAUUGUUUGCAAAACAGUGCAAAGAUGUUGAUAUUAUAAUUUCUACUGCUUUAAUACCUGGAAAACGUGCUCCAGUUCUUAUCACGGAGGAAAUGAUAAAAACGAUGAAGCCUGGUAGCGUUGUAGUAGAUUUGGCAGCUGAAGCUGGUGGAAAUAUUGAGACCACGAAACCUGGACAAUGUUAUAUCAAUCAUGGCGUAACUCAUAUCGGAUAUGUUGAUCUACCGUCAAGGUUACCAACUCAGUCGAGUACGCUCUAUGCUAACAACAUAUCCAAACUGCUUCUGUAUAUGGGUGAAAAGGAGACGUUCAAACUGAACAUGGAGGAUGAGGUCGUGCGUGGAGCCACCGUUCUUCAUCAGGGAAAGCUAAUGUGGCCUCCUCCACCAGUGACUCCAUCACCGACGCCGCCGAAAGCUCCUGAGAAGACAGUUGCUGAAUUGACUGCUGAAGCUGAACCGACUCCGUUUGCUAAAACUGCUCGCCAUGCUGGUUUGAUCACUGCAGGACUGGGAAGUCUUCCCGUACUGGGAGUAGUUCUACCCAGUCUAGACUUUGCCGCCAUGACGACAACAUUUGCCCUUGCUGGAAUCGUUGCAUUGCAUUCGCCACUAAUGUCUGUCACGAAUGCGAUUUCUGGAACAACAGCUGCCGGAGCCCUUUGUCUCAUGGGAGGUGGACUAUUACCACAAACGGAAGCACAAAUGCUUGCAUUGGGAGCCGCUUUUAUAUCUUCGAUAAACAUAGGUGGUGGUUUUCUAAUUACCCAAAGAAUGCUGGACAUGUUCAAGCGACCAGGUGAUCCGCCCGAAUACAACUAUAUGUAUGCUAUACCUGCAGCUGUGUUCCUUGGCGGAUACUUCUAUGGACUGCAUACGGGUGCGCCAUGUGCCCAUUCUCUCGCUUAUCUUGGAUCUUCGCUAUGUUGUGUCGGUGCUUUAGCAGGACUUUCUAGUCAAAAAACAUCUCGUGUAGGAAACGCUCUAGGUAUGACGGGUGUAGCUGGAGGCAUAGCCUCGACGUUAGGAAUUCUAAACCCUGACCACGAUACACUCAUACAAAUGGGAAGUGCAAUGGGUUUAGGCUCCCUGAUUGGCUUAGCAAUCGCUCACAGGAUUAAGGUGUCCGACCUUCCUCAACUAGUAGCUGCUUUUCAUUCGUUCGUAGGUUUGGCAGCAACAUUAACAUGCUUGGCAGACUUUAUCGUCGAAUAUCCGCAUUUCCUUGCUGACCCGAGUGCCACGGCAGCCGCAAAAACCUCGCUUUUCCUUGGCGCCUUCAUCGGUGGUGUGACAUUCACAGGAAGUUUGAUGGCUUACGGGAAGCUGCAAGGCAUCCUAAACUCUGCGGCCGUUCACCUUCCCGGACGCCAUGUGCUCAACAGCGCCCUUCUAGCCGGAAACGUUGCUGCCUUGGGCCUGUACAUGACAAAUCCCGAUUUCACUACAGGCUUGAGUAUGCUGGGAGCCACGGCUGGUCUGAGCAGUAUCAUGGGAGUCACGUUGACCAUGGCAAUUGGAGGUGCUGACAUGCCUGUUGUCAUAACGGUGCUAAACAGCUACUCUGGAUGGGCUCUAUGUGCCGAAGGCUUCAUGCUCAACAACGAUCUGCUGACCAUCGUUGGUGCACUGAUUGGAAGCUCUGGUGCUAUCCUAUCCUAUAUUAUGUGUAGGGCCAUGAACCGCUCACUGAUGAACGUUAUUCUUGGCGGUAUGGGCACAAAAUCACAAGGAACGGGAAAAGCGAAGGCUAUCGAAGGAACGGCAACGAAAACAACUGUGCCUGAGACAGUCGACUGGCUAUCAAACGCCGAAUCCAUCAUUAUCGUGCCAGGAUACGGAUUAUGCGCAGCUCAGGCACAGUAUCCUAUCGCUCAACUUGCCAAGGAAUUGAGCGAACGUGGAAUUCGUGUUCGAUUUGCUGUGCAUCCUGUGGCAGGUCGCAUGCCCGGACAACUCAAUGUCCUCUUGGCUGAAGCUGGCGUUCCCUACGAUAUCGUAGAGGAGAUGGACGAUAUCAAUGAUGACUUUGACUCAACCGACAUCGCACUUGUCAUAGGUGCAAAUGAUACGGUAAACUCAGCCGCUGAAGACGACCCCAACAGUUCAAUUGCUGGCAUGCCUGUUUUGCGAGUAUGGCGCUCGAAGAAGGUUGUGAUAAUGAAGAGGACAUUGGGCGUUGGCUAUGCGGCCGUCGACAACCCGGUGUUCUUCAACGAGAACACCGCGAUGCUGCUCGGCGACGCGAAGAAGAUGUGCGAUCAACUGCUGACGGGCGUGCAGGCGCUACCCAAAGAAAGCUCAUAAUGUUAUGCCUUUUGAAUUGCUUCUGCCAUUUUUAGAAACUGAUUCGCAUUUGUGUUCUAUUCCUCAUUGUAUUCACUUUAAUUGUCGUGAGUGAUAUAACCUCUAACUAGUCUUAUAGGCCUUACUUUAGCUGUAAUUUUCGGGUGCCUUACUCGGGUACCCUGAACAUUUUUCUAACUGGGAUGUUCUAAAACAAAGCUCAGUUUUGUUUAUAGAUUCAUAGAGACAGAUAAAUAAAUUGUAAUAUGAUGUUCUGUAUAGAAUUACGCUCUGGCAGAUCUCAAGUACAUACCUGCC